UCGAUUCCGCUUAGAAUGGCCUUUAAGAAAAGGGAAGAUACUCAGCACAGCAUGCUUGGAAACCUCAUUGAUCCGCCAACCUUCGUUACACAGCUCCGCUUGAGGUCAAAUAAAUUUACAUCAGUCAGAACAAACAGAUAUGAAAACACUGUUAAUUCCAAAGAGACAAGUAACCUGUGUGUAGGGCAAGUACUGGAUACAAUGCUGGGUUUAGCAUGCAUGUGGAUCCUCAUGUCCAAUGGAACAGCCCAGUGGUUGGCAAACAUUGGUCUUGCAUAUGGUGAUAAAACAGCUGAAGGUUUGAAAGAGCUUUUGGAUUGGCUAAUGGGUGCCCCAGCUGGUCUCAAGCUGAACAGCCAGCUUACACACUUCCUGGGGAAGUUUUUUCAGUACCACAUAUACCUCUGGACAGUGUACCUGUCCAUCAUACGUCCAGUGCUUGGUUCCCUGCUGUUCUACAGCUCACUGUCCGGGGUGCUGGGUCUCACAUUUCAGCUGGCUCUACUCCAGGACAUCCUGGCCACCAUGACUGUGCACAUCUACUGCUUCUAUGUAUACGCUGCAAGACUGUACAGACUUCAGAUAUAUGCCCUUGGCUCACUAUGGAGACUGUUUCGAGGCAAGAAGUGGAAUGUUCUACGCCAGAGAGUGGACUCGGCAGUCUAUGAUGUAGAUCAGCUGUUUGUGGGAACACUGCUGUUCACUGUUCUGUUGUUCAUCCUGCCAACUUCUGCUUUGUACUAUGUGGUGUUUACUCUGCUGCGUAUACUAGUUCUCGUUAUCCAAGGCUUGUUGACGAGGAUGCGGUCCAUCCUUGAUACCACCCCUUGGUGGUCAGUGCUGCGAUGGCUUUUCAACCGUCAGUGUCUUGUUGAUGGAGCAUAUUUAACCACACACACAUCUUCAAAAUCAAAUAAUCUGGUGUUAUAUAUGCAUGGAACAAGUCCAAGCCUGUCAACAGUGCUGUCCUCGUGCCGGGAACCAACAAGUGGAAGCCCUUACACAUGGGCCACAAUCCUGAAAAACCUUAUACAUGGUCAUCUCAUCUAUCCAUGGAUUGAGAUGAAACAAUCAUAAUAUUUAUUCUUAAUAGUGGUCUAUUUGAUAUCUACAUGCAUUAUCUACCAAUCAUUUACCAUGUAAAUACUCUGGCGGUUAUAUUUAUUCCAAAUCUUCAUGAAACUUGCUUGGUAAGAACAUUUGACUUAUUAUAUCUUGGUCGAGUUUCAAACUGGAUCAAGUUUUGUCAAAAUGUCAUGAGGUCAAAUAAAAGAAAAAAGCUCGUGAGCACUCUAAAAGUUAUAUAUUUUUAGCUUUUUGUCAAUCAAAAUUAAGAGGAUCAUUUAUCAAAAUGAUAUCUAAACCGAGUUUGGAGCUGGGUCACGAGGUCCAAAACUAGGUAACUAGCUCAAAUAGAACAAACGGCUUGUGAACACUACAGAAGUCACAUUUUGGUCAAAUAGCCACAAAACUUGGUCAAUUCGUUUGUCUGAAUGAGAUCUAGUUGGAGUUUGAAACUUAAUCCUGAAGAAAACUUUUUAAGUCAGAAUUUAGCCCAGUCUUGAGGUAAAUUGGUCAGAAACAUUUUUUCUAGCGUAAUCCAAGACAAGUUCAAAACUUAGCAACAUAAGGUCAACAAAUUGGUUAUUAGGUCAAAUGGAGAUUGUAGGACAAACGGCACCCGAUUUAAGAGUAAGUAACAGUUAAUGUUUUUUUACCAAUAAAGACAUUUGAUUUGAUUUGACUUUGCAGCGAAAGAAAAUCCCGUCAACACCCUAUGAACUUAAUCGUACUGAUAAGUCUUAUCCGCUAAUUGGUUGGAAAAAAGAGAUCGCUAAUUGUCAAUGUUAAUAAUACCUGACUGACAUUGCGAUAAAAGGAGUACUAUCUCCGUGUAUUAUAGUGUUUGCAAAUAUAUAUUGUUUACAUAUAUUUGGGCAGGGAAAAUGCAAGCCAGUUGUAAUUUCCGUCCUGUUAUUAAUUUUGUUGUCAAACAGUUCAUGUAUCUAUCGAAAUUUAAAGACAGGUAGUCCACGCAUAAAUAUCAUUUCCUCCGCUUGACAAUAAUUGGAAAUUACUAAGUCAUUAAUAUAACAAAUAGAGAAAAUCGCAUUCAGUUCUCAAAAGCGGAUUAUUAAGCUAAGCGAACACAACUAAACGCUCAAACAUAUCAUAAAUACUUUAAAACAGCGCAUUACGUCACUUUCAUGUUUAAAAAAGACAAUCGCCUUAAGUUGUAAGCAGCAGACUUUUAUGCUAGGCGAAAACACUUCCCAAUGGAUUCGAGAUUUCUAGCUUCUUGCACAGUCUGUUGUAGGCAGCAUUGGUGGGGAAUUGUUGCCUUAUUGCGUUUCCUUGAUACGGAUUGUUCAGAGCGGUGCCCGUGGACAUCUGCCUCUACCAUGGCGUUGUCCUUUUGGACGCACUCGACCACAUUCCACAAUGACUGGUGUGUCCAACCAACUGUCGAAACCCGCAGUUCCAAGCAGAUAACGUUAAUCAAUCCACACUUAAAUUAGUUUGAGCAGUUUGUUUACGGGAUUUAUUAAUCAUCUCUUUUACCAAACCAAUUAGCGGAUCAGAUUAAUUAGUUCAACAAUUAAGGUGCUGACGGGCUUUAUCGAUCGCCUUUAAUCUGGUGCCGAUUGUCCGGGUUAACAAUUAAAUCGGAUGCCAAUUGUCCUGGUCGACAAAUUUACAGGGUGCCAACUGUCCGGGUAUGCAACAAAUCACAGUGUGCCGUUUCUUGCCCCAUAGUUGUGAAACAUGUUCAGAAUAUGUCUUAAUGAUAUCCUAGACAAGUUCAACUCUUGGCCAGUUAAGGUCGUCAAUUAAAGCCAGUUUCAAUAUUCUGACAUUAAACAUCUAGGUACCAUUGUUGGUUCAUAAAACAUACUGUCUUGAAAUGAUGAAAAUAAAUCCAAAGCUCCAUUAACUAAUGUGAAGACAGUGAAACAAACAUUGGACAGUCAUACGAACACCUUCAUUCAUUUUAACUGUAUUGGGACGACAUUCAAGUAACCAAUGUGAUGUUGACCGGAUGGCGACAAGUCGUCUUAAUAAGAUGAUUAUUAGUGCCAAAUCAUUUAAAAAUCACAUGCACGACAAAGUUAUGCGCCAGAUCGGAUCACAUUAUUUCACUAUAAAGAUAUUACAAGUAUGCGAAAACUUAAUGUGAUCUGUGGAAUGGGUUAGCACAUUAGGGCCUUUGGUCGUCAUGUUUAAAUGUUUUGUCAUUUCUCUACAGUAUUAAAAUGAUUAUUUGUCCUCGAAACGACGAUUACAUUUUAAAUUACAUGUAUGUUUACAUUUUAUCCGUAAGUGGCAUAUCGCGAUGCACUUGUCUAAAGUCCACUCUAUGUAAGAACGUCCCGAAUUCUUGUCAGGAAUGUCACUUUUUAAUUUAUCAUGCAACUAUGAAAGAACUCGCCAUACUAAUAACCCUGUGGAUGUGGCAUGUCGCGCGCGACAUCUCUGUCCGAAGGUCAAUGGUCAAGGUCACACUAAGUGUCAAAUGUCACAUAUGGCCAUAAAGCAUUCCCGGAUUUUAAUCGCGGUAUUUCCAAGUGCAUUGAUCUUGUAUCCGUGCCCCUGUAUGCAUACUGAGUAUAGAGCCAAAUAUUAUAGUAUGUAUGCAGUUUAUGCAUGGUAUCAUAUACUUUUUAAAAAGGGUAAACUUUACUGUGACGACUCGGUCAAUAUACAUGUACAUAAAAAUGUGUUUAAUAAAAUGAUUACUAGAA